AUGAUUAUUAUAAGUAAUCAACAAUUCUAUAGAAUCGAUUCAGUGAUGGCUUGAUUUCUUCAAGAAACUUCAAGAGGCCCCUAGACUCCUACUUUCCCUUUCGAAAGGAGUUAAAAGUUUAAAACCGAAGAGCAAUCGUUAAAAUGGCCAUGAGAUCCGCGCUGAACCGAAUCCGAUUCUCAUUGACUGUGACUCGUUCCAUGGAGUCCUCUCGAGGUGCUACUCGCUACUUCGGUGAAGGCAAGGGCCGGAUUCUGAGCGAGGAGGAGCGUGCUGCCGAAAACGUUUACAUCCAGAAAAUGGAGAGGGAAAAGUUGGAGAAGUUGAAGCGAAAGGCUGAGAAAGAAAAGGCCGAGAAAGCAAAAGAGAAUACUGAAAAGGAGAUGAAGCUUUCUUGUUCUCCUGGGUUGUAAUUAUUCCAUCAAAGUUUCAUGUUUGGAAGUUUUCAUUUCUUUCCUUACUUUUGCCUAUUAACCAACUCAAGCACUGUGGUUCCAGGCUCCUUGUUACACGUAUGCACAUCUAUAUUCCUUUUUUGUAUGGAAUUGUUACAGUAUAAAUCUGUAUAUGAAUAAUUGGUCAUCUGUUGUAAAAAGGAACUUUACAUUGUAAAGGAGUAAGUGUUCCAAUGGCCAAUGCCAAAAGUAUGUCGUUCUUAGCCAGGUUGAGAUUGGAAAA